UACACUUCUGGAGAUCUGUGGAUUUCGCACAGCUGCGAGUCUCACCCUGACUGAAGCACAGCGGGGCCAUGCUCACACAAUGACCAGUACCAUGGUUUCGUCAGCUAUGUUGCCGAUCCUGAUGCACAUUUUCCUGGUAUCCCGUGGUGUUUGGUGUUUGGAGCCAGAGGACAGAGACUCUCUCCUGGCAGGUGUCCUGGACUUACCAUGGCAGGAUGAGCUGUGCUGUGAUUCACAUACAACCCACUUUAAUGUGGAGGGAGGUGGCACGCACACACCGGGGACCAACGGCUCUGAAUCAGUCCUCCCACACCAGCCCCGCUGCAGCUUCAAAAGCUUGACAUCCGAGUUACGUCCUCAUGAGCCCUUUGGCCACAGCAGUUCAUUCAACACUGGUGUCUGUUUGGACAUACUGUGCAGAAUUGAUGAAACCUGGGAGAAAUUAACUUGUGACGUCAAGUCUCGUGGCCAAACAUCGGUCUCUUUGGACGGAGGUUUGAAGUUGCAGCGUCUGUCACAGACGGAGGAUCCACAUGACAGCGCUGUGUCCAAUAAUCCCAUCGUCUGUGAGGCAGAGGAUUCCUUUGUUUGUUCUGUCCCUCUUUACACUUCAGCAAGCUAUAUCACCGUGGUAACCAUCGGCAUCUCCAGUGCCACAUCUCUGCCGGUUCACCUCAGAAUUCCUCCCAGACCCGUAAAACCGGAGCCUCCAGUCAACCUUUCGCACAUUCAGACCAUCGAUGCGGAACUGAUUUUACUGUGGGACGACCCUGCAGACUGUGACGCUGGACCACUGAGAUAUGAAGUCCGAUACACCUUUAACAGCACUCAUCCAUCCUGGCAGGUGGUGUCUGCACCUGCAGAGCCCAGACAGUCUCUGGAUCUGAAGCCCAGCCUCAACUACACCGUCCAGGUCCGCUGCUCCGGCCUGGAGGAGCCUCCGCUGUGGAGUGACUGGAGUGAGAGUCACCACAUCUACCUAUACAUUGUGAGCUACAUCCCUGACAAAGUCGUGGCACGGCCGGGCGAGAAUAUAACAGUCUACUGUGUGUUCAACGACCACAGCUUUAAUGCCAGCAUGGCAUUAUGGGUGCUCAACUGGGACCAGCAGCUUCACCACAGCCAGUACCACCCAGUCAACCAGUGGGUCAGCCAGAUCACAGUGCAUCCUUCAGAAUCUCGGAUGUAUGACCUGCUGCAGUGCACUCAGGAUUGGACCCUCCCGUACAGCCAGAUUUUUGUAGAAGGAGCUUCCAUUGAUAUAAAUUGUAAAACUAACGGUGAUAUUGACUCAAUGGAGUGCAGCUGGGAGAACACACAGUGGACCAAAAUGGAAUUUCGAAACAGGUGGGCUGACGUGCCGUGCUAUGUGAUGGAGGAGAGGGACAAAGCGGGGGAGAAACUGGGGGAGAAACUGGGGGAGACAGAGCCGACCUGCCUGCAGGUCAGGACCUGCACCAUCCAGCCUCUGAGGAUGAACUGCUACAAGCUGUGGCUGGAGGUGCCGUCUCGACUGGGCCCCAUCAGCUCCAAACCGAUCUACCUCUCUCCUAUAGAUCAUGGACACAACGCAGCAGCUCAAGAGAUGCAAGGCCAGUCCAAUCCUGGGAGAGAUAGUGAAGCGCCUGAGUUCUGCCAGUACGUUAAUGACGGUGAUACAGCAGCAGUAGGAGGCAGCGUUGGCUGGUAUCUGGCUGAGAGGCAACAUCCCUUGGGGACUCGCAUCCCUCUCCUAGGACAUGUGAAGGAAGACUAA